GAGAUUUUUACAGGAAACGAAAGUGCUGAAGAAUUUAUUCACAAUUCACAAUUUCCAUUUACGGUAUAGGUAUUACGACAACUCGAGGCAAAACAACUUAUCGGACGAACGACAUUCGGGACGAAUGCACCUACUACAAUGAAUGAGGAUGGUUAAAUACAAAAAAACCUUAUAAUAUCUCGUGUUCCUGUUUAACUGUGUUUUAGCGCUGAAUGUUGUUAAGCUGGAAGGGACUAGAGCUUACUCACACACGCUGGUUACUGUUUACACUUUUAAAUAAUUUUAAAAAUGACUUCUAUAUUAAUCUGAGAUUCAAUGGGAUGGAUGCUUUCUGCAUAUCGAUAGAACGGAUCUGGAUGGAAAUGAAAGAAGGUGAUAGGAUAGCAACAAACUCGGUAUGGAUAGAUCUUUGAAUUUACUAUCUCUAACAUCCAAUGUUCCUGCAUCCUUACAAACUCCUCUUGGUGAUCCUGAAUUUGUAAAACUUCUAGCAAAGCAUCGUUGUUUGAUAUGUCACAAUGUAAUGAGAGAUGCUGUGAUGACACUUUGCGGACAUCGUAUGUGUGAGGGUUGUGUUACUCAGUUGUUAUUUGAUCCCCAGAAUAAAGAACCUGUACACUGUCCUGGAAAAGAAGAUGUCUGUGUUCAACUUAAACCUGAUGAGAUCAGGGGAGAUAAUGGAACAAGAAGAGAAAUAAAAAACUUACCUGUCUAUUGCACAUUUAAAGCUCAUGGAUGCCCAGAAAAGUUACCAUGGAAAGAUUUAAUGACACAUGAAUCCCAAUGUAAAUAUAAACCUAUACCAUGUCCACACACUGGAUGUGAAGCACAGUGUAGUGAAGAUAAAAUGGAAGCCCAUGUAAAAAAUUGUGACUACAGACCUGUCAGAUGUAGCUACUGUGAAGAAACUAUCCCAUUCUGUCUACAAGCAAAUCACCAAAAUAACACUUGCAGAAAAGCAAUUAUUUCUUGUCCAUAUAAAUGUGACCAUGGACCAGGGGCAAGGGAAGAGAUAGAAAUUCAUAUGCAGACAUGCCAGUUAAGACCACAAGAGUGUAAAUUCAAGUCUAUGGGGUGUCAAUUUGUGGGAUCAGAAUGGGACAUGCAAAAACACAAUAAGGAUGCUGCAGAUGAACAUCUACAGAUGAUAACAAUGUAUACAGCUAGCAUGGAUCUACAGAGUAUGGAGAUGAGGCGAGAACUUCAGGACAUAUCAGCUGAAAGAGAUACUUUUCAGCAUAUUAUGGAAAGUAUACAAAGAGACAGCGUAAUGUUGAAAGAUCUGGUGGAGAGUAUCAAACUUGGACAGAAAGAAUUAAAGUUAAAAAUUGUUGAAAAGACGGAAAGAAUAAUUCACCUAGAAAAAAAAGUAGAUGACUCAGCAAAGAAGGAAGUAGUAGAUAAACUUGAAAGAGAUGUACAGUCCGUGAAGGAUAGACAAAUAUCAUUGUCAGAAAGAGUUAAUCAGAUAGAAAGAAGUGGAUUUACUGGUGGAGGGACUGGUAGUCAACAAAACCUACAGGAGACUACAGGUCCACUGGUUACUCAGAUUCAACAACAUGAUAGACAACUUGGCUUACAAGACAUCAGACUAGCAGAACUUGAUCUCAGAUUCCAGGUUUUAGAAACUGCCAGUUACAGUGGAAUACUGAUGUGGAAAAUAAGGGAUUACUCUAGACGUAAACAGGAAGCUAUUUCUGGUCGCACUGUAUCUCUGUACAGUCAACCAUUUUACACCAGUAGGUUUGGCUACAAAAUGUGUGCCAGGUUAUAUCUGAAUGGAGAUGGAAUGGGAAAGGGAACACACUUGUCCCUUUUCUUUGUAGUGAUGAGAGGUGAAUACGAUGCAUUGUUACCAUGGCCCUUCCAACAAAAAGUUACCUUAUUGUUACUGGAUCAGGAUGCUGGAGCUCGUCAUGUCUCUGAUACCUUCAGACCAGAUCCUACCAGUACCAGUUUCAAACGACCUACAUCAGACAUGAAUAUAGCAUCUGGUUGUCCAUUAUUUGUCUCUCAUGCUGUCUUAGAAACAAGAACAUACCUGAAGGAUGAUACCAUCUUAAUUAUAGUUAUUGUGGAUAAUGAUGGAAUCAAUGCUCAAGGUUGAAUGUAAAAUGAUUUACAAAUCCACCUCUUCUGGACCUGGUAAUGAUACUUGAAAAAUAUUUUUUGUUUUUAAGUAACAGAAAAUUCUGUAAAAGAUUCUGAGCAUAUCCUUAAAAAAUAAAAAAAGUAGGUAACUUGAAUUGUAAAAGGUUCUUUUGCAUCUUCUGGACAUUAUUUAUAGUAUGAUUUAUAUUUUUUAUAUAUACAUGAAAAUGUGUUCUGAUGUUUUUAUAUAUUAUUACUCAUUUGUUUUUACAUUUACAGUAUUAUAUAUCUACAAUCUACCUCAUUUAAUCUUUACAACAGUUUGUUAUUUAUUUUUUAUUAUUUACAGUUUUAUAUUUUUAAUUUUUACAAAUCUUUUUGAAUGGUAUUUUGCAUUUAUCAUAUAUAUAUAAGUAUGUAUGAGAACUUACUAUUUAUAUAUAAACAAGUCAGUUAUUCAGUAUGCUAUACUUUUAAGUAGAAUACAGUUAAAGAUCACUCCCUAGUCAUAUCUUAAAUUAAGACGUAAUGCUUAUUAGGGCUUUAUAUAAUUAGUAAAUGAGCAAAAUUGAAAGACUUUUUCAGUAUCCAGUGUAUGGAAAAAAAAACUUUUCCAAUGAAUUUGUUCUUAAGUCUAGAUGUUUGUUACUUCAUAUGGGCUAAAUAUAUAUCUACCAAACAAAGCUCUUUCUGAUUUAUGGAAGAUCCAGAGUAUUGUGUUACAUGUUUGAUACAUAAUUGUUAUAAACUGACUUUCUCUUUCAUAUACAUGAGAUGUUUGCAAUAUUGAUAACUUGAUAGUGAUGGUUUAUGUCUUUCGUUGCUUUUGAAUGAAGAACACAAAGGCAAAAACUACAGUACUUUCAGCAGUUAAAGUAAAGUGAUGAACUUUUUUUUUUACCAGAUUUUCAAAAGAAAAGUAGUUUAUUGAUUUAGGGAUGUAGGACAGAUGGUCAGCUCUCAAACAGUGUCCUCUCAGUGAUAUGAAAAUGCUUUUCAUAUUAAGAUAUGUUGUUUUCUGGUCAAGUUCAAUUUUUAAGAUUUUAUCUUUUCUUGUUGUUAAAUUGUUGACCUUUCAGUUAUUAUACCCCACGCAACGAGUUGCGGAGGGUAUAAUGUUUUUGACCCGUCUGUCCGUCCGUCAGUCCGUCCGUCAGUCCUUCCGUCCGCCCGUCAGUCCUGGUUUUUUGUCAUCGCAACUCCUCUUAAACCACACAACAGAAUUUCACGAAACCUUUUCAGAUAAUAAGGCCAAACUAUGUAGUUGUGCAUAUCAACAGGAAAUUGCGAUUCAAUUUUUUUUCUAGGAGUUACGCCCCUUUGAACUUAUUUACUUUAAUGUACAACCGCAACAGUUUGUCAUUGCAACUCCUCUCAAACCACACAACAGAAUUUCACGAACCUUUUCAGAUAAUAAGGACAUACUAUGUAGUUGUGCAUAUCGACGGGAAAUUGCGAUUCAAUUUUUUUUCUAGGAGUUACGCCCCUUUGAACUUAUUUACUUUAAUGUACUACCGCAACAGUUUGUCAUCGCAACUCCUCUCAAACCACACAACAGAAUUUCACGAAACCUUUGCAGAUAAUAAGGACAUACUAUGUAGUUGUGCAUAUCGACGGGAAAUUGUGAUUCAAUUUUUUUUCUAGGAGUUACGCCCCAUUGAUCUUAUUAGCUUCAAUGUACUUCUGCAACAGUUUGUCAUCUCAACUCCUCUGAAACCACACAACAGAAUUUCAUGAAAUUUUGUAGAUAAUAAGGACAUACUAUUUAGAUGUGCAUAUUGGCAGGAAAUUUAUUUUUCUUAUACAAUUUUUUUUUCUUACACUUAUUUAAUUUCUCCAAUGACAAUGUGGGGACGUGGGGUAUGUGAGCGUGCUCACUAAGGUUCUUUAUUUUUAUCUAUUUUCAUAUUGAGUUAUUUAUCUUUGAACAUUAAAAUGGUGUAAUUAAUAAGUAAAUUAAAAUAUCUUUUGAUUUCUUCCAAAAAUUAAUUCUUGGGGUUCUUUGAAAUGCUGAUUCUAACAAUGUUCUUAUAUUUUGGAAAAAUGGACCAUAAUAGGUAAAUGUCCAAUUUCAAAAUUUUCCAUUCUUUCAUCACAUUACUUUUGUGUCACAAACCUAUGCUAUAUAACAUAUUCAAUAGCAAUCAUAAUUCAUAGCUGUUUAAAGCUUAAUUGUUGUGUCUAAACUUUGUCAACUCUUCAGGAUUUGACCUCUGCAGGAAAAUCCAGUUUGCUAUCACUCUGACAGCCUCUUGUUCAUUUUAAUUUCCUUUUAAAUCCUAUUGUCAGAAUUACAUAUUUGAUAUAGAUUUUCUAUAUUCCUUUAUAUUUAAUAUAGUACUGUUUCAUCAAAUAUAUUCCAUAAUUGUUUAUUCCGUGAUAUUUCAUCACUAGAGGAGAGAAAACUCUGAUCUCAUAGGUGGAUGAAUUUUUUGGAGUCUGCAACGUUUGUCCCAGAAAGCUCGACAUAGGGAUAGUGAACUGGCUGUGUUAACUAAUUUUUUAAAAGCUUUAGAAGGUGGAAGACCUGGAUGCCUCAUGCUAGGAAGUUUCUGUUACUCGCAUGUCCAAUGUCCUUGACCUCAUUUCCGUGGUUCAGUGACUACUUGAAUAAAUAGUAAGGAAUUUUUGUAAUGUUAAUUUGUCUCUUAUUAUAAGUAAUAUGAUAACUAAAUUUGGUAUGUUUGUACCUUGCAAUGUCCUCAUACCCGUCAGACAGUUUUCACUUGACCUCGACCUCAUUUCAUGGAUCAAUAAUCAAGGUUGAGUUUUGGUUGUCCUGUACAUAUCUCAGAUAAUAUAAGUAAUAGGUCUUGUAUAUUCCUUGUAUGGAAGGACUGUAAGGUGUACAUGUCCAACUGGCAGGUGUCAUCUGACCUUGAUCCCAUUUUCAAGGUUCAGUGAUUAUAGUAAAGUUUUUGUAUUUUUGUCUGUUUUUCUUAUACUGUAUGCAAAAUGUCUCCUAUAUUGGGUGUAUGAAAUGAUUGUAAGGUGUACAUGUCUAGCUGGCAGUUAUCAUCUGACCUUGACUUAAUUUUGACAAUUCAGUGGUCAAAGUUAAGUUUUUGAGUUUUGGUCUUUUUUUUCUAAUAAGAUAUGCAAUAGAUCAACUUUGUUUAGUAUAUGGGAAUAUUUUAUGAUCUAUAUGUCAGUUGCGCUGGUUUUAUUUGAUCUUGACCUCAUUUUUACGUUCAUUGCUCAGUGUUAAGUUUUUGGUCUGUUUUUUCAAAAACUAUAAGCAAUAGGUCAACUAAAUAAGUUGUAUGGAAGAAUUGUUAGCUGUACAUGCCUGCCUUGCAUGGUUCAUCUGACCUUGGCCUCAUUUUCAUGGUUCUUUGGUCAAUGUAUAGUUUUCUUGGUUUAUGUGACAGAUGUAAUAAAGCUUUAUAUUGAAGACUAUCAACAUAAUAUCAAUGAUGAGUAAAGAAGGCAAAACAUUUCAGCGUGUGCAGUCUUGUUUUUAUCAUGGUAAGCUAAAACCACUCAUGAACAUAUAUAUGUCUGUAAAUAACACCUGAUGUGAUUGUUAAUUUAAAGACUCCAAUUUUAAUUCCAUUAUUUCCCCUCUUUAAGUUAACCCUUUCCUCCAUAAUGACGCCUUUUGACGCAACUCCCUUUACUCCAUAAUGACGCCUUUUGACGCAACUCACUUUACUCCAUAAUGACGCCUUUUGACACCUGUAUAGUAGUACCUCAGUUAAAACUUUUUGACCUCAAAAUGUUUGCAUCAGACUUAACAAAAUUUGUAUCCAAUAUGAAAAGGAUAUUCAUGAGAAUAUCUUGACUGGAAUUUCAUUGAUGAAAUAUUCGUUUUCCCAAUGCAUUGAUACUUUAAACCUGAUGAUUUUUUUAAUGAAAAAAUCCUAUGCAAAUCUUGAGGAAAGGGUUAAAACUUGAAAAAAAUCAGCUUUUGAUAAGGCAUACAGGUAAUUAGGCGUAUGUUGUUGAAAAGGGCAUUUUUGUAUCACCAAAUUCUACGACAGCGGGAGUAAAAAAAGGCAUGCCCUUGUGCAUUUACCAUGGAGACUUUAUAAUACAAGCAAUAUGCAUCAAAUCAAAUAAAAUUCAUGAAAAAACUAGUAAUUAAAACUAAUUAAAUAUCAGAAUACUUAUUGAAGGUGUUAUUAUGAUAAAAACAUUUAUUCAUUCAGUUCAAUCUAUGAAAAAAAAAGAUUAAUUUGUUUUUCAAUUACCUAAAUGUUGACACUAUUGUUUUCUGUAGAUAAGUUCCAUCGUUUAUAAUCACAAGCACCCUGAAACAGUAAUUAAAUCAGAUAGAUGAGAAGUUAAAGUGUAGUGCUAUACUUAAAAUUUAAAUUGCUGGCAUAAUUGAAAAAAUAAAGACGUCUUCCUGCUGACAAAAAGUAUGCUAUCACAUCUUUGACAAAUAGGCAACUUAUUUCAUUAGUAACUGUAAUACCAUCUGAUUAUAUUGAAUAAACAAAAUUCUGAUCAUAUUAAUACCAUCUGGUCAAAAUGACUAAAAUUCUUAUGUCUGGCCAACAAAAAAAUACCAUCAGAAUAUAAUUUUUGUGAAAUAUUGGAUUUGCUCAUGAAAUAGUUAUAUAUUUAAAAAAUUGGUAACCAGUAACUACUAAACAGCAUAAAAAAACUUAACAUUGAAAAACAAACAUCAUUCAAUGUGUAUAAAUAAAAUAAAAAUAUAUAACAUAAACAAGAAAAGCCAUUGUCAUUUAAAGGUAGUGUAUAAUCAUCAGAUAUUUUAUAUGGAAGAUAGAAUGAUGAUGGAAUUGUCAUAGUUAAUUGAAACAUCGAUGUAAAUCAGAAUAAUAACAAAGUUUUGAUCAUAAAUAGUGGAAACUGAAGUUGAUUUGUGGAUUUUAAAAACAAACUAUGGAUUGGACAUCUAUAUGAAAAAACAAUUCAAAAUUUUAUCUCUUGAAUUAUGACCAAGAAAGAGUUUUUUAUACAGUUUUCGAGGAUAACAAUAAAUGAAUUCAAUAUGUUUAUCAUAAGAUAACAAGUUGUACUACUAGAAAGAAAAAAAUGUGUGUUAUUGAUUUGGCCAAGCUAGUUGGAUUGUUUUAUGGUAUUUUUUUUGUGAAAGACCUCUUUUUAGCAUCAGUGGUAACUUCCAUAAAAUAGGAUUUGAUUUUUAUUCUUUUUUAUGGGUGUUGUCAUUGAUUUCAUAUUCGAUAUUGCUCCAGUUGCAAAGCUGUUAAUCAUAGAUAAUUUUUUGUUCCGGCUGACACACACAAAAAAAAACAGAAUGGGAGACUUGGACAAUGUGGUCAGCAAUUGUAGAAGAUUUGUAACUUGGUAUGUAAGACUGUAUUAGUGUAUACAUUUUAAUUUUCCAUAUCUGUUUUUGACAUACAAGGGUAUGUAUAUUCUUCCAUUAUGUAUUUACCAGGAGAUGCUUGAUUCAUAUAUUCUUGUAUCGCCUUCUGAUUUCGAUUUUUGAUACCAUAUAAAUCAUAGAAGGACUGGUACCUAUUUAUUCGGAUAUGCUAGAUAUGCUGCAGAUGUUGUUGUUUUUGUGUGUUGUCCUUCAAUUUCAAUUUUCAAUUCCCCUUUAAAUACAAAGGGUUGGGAUCUUCUUCCAAUGUGUAUAUACAUUAAGAUGUCUAUAGAAGAUACAGAUACAACUUUAUAUUUUGAUAUAAUGCACAUGAAUGCAGUUUUCUUUAAAAAAAAUUAAAAUAUAGAUAAUAUUUUGGAAUGUGGAAUUGCUGUCAAAAAAGGAUUUUAAGAAGUUAAGCCGAAAGAUUAUGGGACAUGAAUAAAGAUUUAAAAUGCUUGGUAGAUUGUAGAUAUAUAAUUCUUUGAUAAAGUUGGACAACAAAUAUAUUUUUGUAUUCCUGUUUUGAUUUGAAUUUUUCUCUGUUCCGUUCAAGAAGAAUAUAUAAAGGUUCACUUUUUGGCCCCAGAAUAUAACAGCUUUAGGAAAUUGUGAAAACGUAAUCUUUAAGACAUAUUUUUGAAAGUAAAAUGCUUCUGCUACAUAAAUAUGCGCUGUUUUUGACGAUACAAUGCACAAAUAUCGCGUUCUAGCAUCAUAAAGUCAUGCUAAAUUACUGAAAUCUUCAAAAUUUUAGCAUUUUGGUCAAUUUUUAGACGGUUUCCGUCUAAAAUGAAAGUGGCCGCAUUCGUGUUCAUUCAUAAUAUUGAAAUGCAAGUUGUAUCUAGUGAUAAUACAAAACAUAUAUAAAGGUUGAGAAUGAACACGGAUGCAUUCACAUUUAUUUUUGACAAAAACCAUCUGUAAAGUGACGUUUUUUGGCAUAUUUGAUAGAUUUUUCAUAUUUCAGCUUGAAUCAGAGCGUUUAAAAUGACUAAAUCAGUUAAAAUCUUUCCCUUAAACUAAUCGAAUCAAACGAAAUAGACACUAAAGUGUUUAAAAAGUGUCCACAAACUUUCGUUAGAUGAACCUGAAAUUUGAGGCCAAAAUCGGCCCUUACCGGACCUACUCCUUUUGAAAAUCGAACUAUUUAUGUUAGACUUAUCUUAUUUAUUAUGCUGCAAAUAUUAUAUAUAUGUUUAAUGUUUUGAAAAAGUUCAAGAUAGGAAUAUUCUGUUUUGCUAAUUUGUCAUAAAUGAAUAUAGCUGCUAGGGAUUUUAUCAUAUUUCAUGUAAUGUCUUGCUUUAAACAUAAUUUAAGCUUAUUGUUUCUACAUAAAUUUAUUGUAAUGUAGCUAAUCAGUCUUCAAUACCAUGUAAGUUUAUCAUGAUUAUAUUAUUAUUGUAUCUUUAAACUUGAAUUAUACAUGUAAUCAACUGAUAAAUUAAUAUUCAAACACAAUGUAAUAUUUUAUAGCAAAAUUGUGGUAAAGAAGUUGAUAUUCUUUAAUAUAAUAAAUCAUUUAGAAACUUAAGAUGUUUGAAUUAACCAGGUAAAGUUUAUUUGUCAGUAAAAAAAGGAUUAUUUAUGUUUGAGCUGUUACAUUUCUUCUAUGAAUUUAUAAAUCAUUAUUAACUUAACAUCCCUUUACAUAUGAGUAUUUGUUCUAAAAUGUUUUGAAAUUGCAAAACUCAAGUAAACCGACCUUAAAUUAGCAAAUCAAAUUAAAUUAUACUUUUGGAACAUAUAAAAAGAUGAAUAUGCACUUAACAUACGCAGAUUGAAGUUAGUAAUAUGAAAACACUUAUUUUUAUUUGAUACCCAGGUUAGGGUUGGGUCCUGGCACCUAUUGUUGAAUUUCAACAUCAUUUAGUCUCUGAUUAAGAACUCUAAUUGGCAAUUAUAGUAUAUUUUCACAUAUUGUUAUAUGUAUUGAAAAAACAUUAGUCCAAUAGAAACAGAACUAUUUACUUUCUUUUUAUGCCCCACCUACAAUAGUAGUGGAGCAUCAUGUUUUCUGGUCCAUUUGUCCAUCUGUCUCGCUCCAGGUUAAAGUUAUUGGUCAAGGCAGUUUUUGAUGAAGUUGAAGUCCAAUCAACUUGAAACUUUCAUUUUUUACCCCAACUUUCACGGUCAAAAUAAUGAAAGAAAAUGAUAGUGCGAGUGGGGCAUCCAUGACCUAUGGAUACAUUAUUGUUCAAAUUAUUUUGCACAUGUGGUUUACAUAUAGAUAAAAUAUGGUUUAAUGUUGAGAUUUAAUUAUGUUUACAUAUAGCUUUUCUUUGCUGUUAAAGCUAUUUGAAUUUAUUUGCGGAUUAUGUUAAUUCUAAUGAUUAUAACAAUGAGAUGUUGAAUAUCAUCUCCCCAACAGUCAAUGAUGUAUGUAAAGGAUCCCUAAUUAUAGAACUAUGUGAAUAUUAACUAAUCAUCAGUAAAAUAAGUGAUAAUUUCAUGUAAAUAAUUUCAAUCAAAACUUUAUAUAUAUAUAUAUAUGAUUUGAAUUUAAUAUAAAUUGUAUAUUAUUCAGGACUAACAGAUGGACUUGUUAGUUUUAGGCUGGAGUAAGAGUACUGGUAACUUACGAUACAUAUGUACGUCAUAUUAAAAUUUGACCUUAGCAUGUUGAUAUAGUCAUAUCAUGUCAUGAUUCUGAAUGAGAUGGAAAGAAACAUUAAUCAUUUCUACUGGACUCUGUGGUUUGUUAAUGAUACAAGAUAUCAAGUCUUAUUGGGAUGAUUAAACAGGCAGUUUGUGUUUUGUUCCUUAUAAGCAUAUGGUAAAAUUAAUGCCUACAGAAAACUACAGCAUGUGCUAUAUGUUAUUUAUUUGAUAGUUCACAACAACAAUAUUGUAUUGUGUUAGAGGCUUUGGAAAAAUUGAUAAACUCACAAAUGACUAUGGGUCAUUAGGAGUAUUGGAUGCAGAGGUCUAUUAGUUUAUUGGACGUAAAGGAUCAUUUGGGAGUAUUGGAUGCAGAGGAUUAUUGGGAGUAUUGGAUGCAGACAAAGAUGUACAAUUAACAUUUAAUAAAUAACAAAAAAGUUAGAAGAAUAUUAGUGUAUUUGUUGCCCUUGAGUUAGAAAACCUAAACAGUAUUGGGUUGAAAAGAUUUAUUAUGUCAUUUAUGUAAAAAUAAAGUUUGUGUUAUAA